CGUUUAUUUCGACCUCGACGAGACGGGAAAAAUGACGGAUGAGCGGAAUUUCCGCUCGCAGUAUUACGAGAAGGUCGGUUUUCGCAGCGUCGAGGAAAAGAGGUCGCUGGAGAUACUGUUGAAGGAGCGCCCGCUUGACAAGACAAAGCUGAAGCAGUUCUGCUUGAGAUUCACCAUGCCCGCUAUGUACAGGAACUUCCUGUGGAAGGUCCUGCUCGACGUUAUACCGGUUUACCCGGAGAGCCAGGGGUUCAUAAUGGCCCAGCGCAAGGUGGAGUUUCAGGACUUGCAGAGAGCACUGAGAGUCACCAAGGUCAUAGACGACUUGACGAAGCCUCAUCUCAUGUUCCUAGCGAUGUGGCUGUUGCGCAGAAGAAGGGCUAAAGUUGACAUGACCGCUCAGUUGGAGUCGCCGUUGUACAGAGCUAUGAGCAAAAUGGCCGAGACGCUGUGGCAUGUGAUUGACGUUGAAUCGGAGGAAGAGAAGCUGGUGGACAUGUAUUGGAUAUUAUCCGGGCUUUUUGUGCAAGUUGAGAGGCUGCAGAAGGAAGUGGGAAAGUUGCAAGACUGUACAUACGCGCUGUUGGAGAAGGAGGACGUAGAGUUGUACAAGCAUCUCGUUAAAAUUGACGCCCUUUAUAAUUUGCCAUACGAUGCGUGGUUUUAUUCGUGUUUCGCUGGCAUAAUAUGUAAUGGAUCUAUUGCCAAGAUAUGGGACAAAAUCACCGUCGGGGCAUACCGAAUUUUAAUAUUUGUUGCCGUUGUUACGUUGACCACUUUGAGACGCCUAUUAUUGAGAUGCGACAGCACGGAUCACGUGUUAGAUACUAUUAAUAAUAUAACGGAAGAAACGUCAGAGGUGAUAGUCAAUAAAGCAAUCGAAUCGAUGCAGCAGAGCGGGACAACUCAACAAGUUGACAUUUUUUUCCAAGUGUGUCUCAUAUUUAAACGCUAUAGAAACCUGAUUUUCAACGUCACUCAGAGUAACUUUGAUACGUGGACAUUAAUACUUUCGUGAAAUUGACCCUGGGCCUAUAAUAAAUUAAAUUUGCAAUUUA